GGGGGAAUGUGAUUUCCAGCUCUUCAAUUCACCGUUCUUCUCAACACCUGGUGUUCUGGCCGAGAACAUGAUUCACGUCUUUCGCGGCUGUGGGCAGAUUUGCUCGUUGCCUGCCAAAGCCUGCAAUGCCUGCAAUGAAUGCUGUGAGAAUUGUGGCUGCUGCCAGGAGUGCGAGAAGCUUUGCUCUCACUGUGGCGAUUGCAUUGAUCAACCUUUGGGCUUGUACGUCGCAGUCGCUAAGGGCCCAGUCAGUCAGAAGUCAGAAGAGGCUGGAUGUAGUGCUUCGAUUCGGUACUCUUCUCAGGGGAUGCUUACUAGCAUUGUGGAGCUCGCGUGUUGCGUUGUGGCCUGCAAGGACGACUUCAGUGAAUGCCUGCUACCUGAAGGCUUCGCACGGCAGGUUGGGCUUUCCGGCUGGCUGAAGCUGCAGAUGGGCUUCGCGUGGCUCAAUAUGAUUUUCCCACCCUACCUACAGCAUCGACUGAUGCAGACGUUGUCACAUCGAGCAGGAACACGAACUGAAGUGUCUCAGAAGGAGGUGAAGGAGAGUUUCCAAGAAGUUUUUUGGGAAGACUUUGGAGUAUGUCUUUAUGUCUUCGCCUGGGCAGCCAGCCUGGUGUGGAGCAUCCUGGGCGUCUACUGGCAGCGCAGCUGUCACGCAACAGGCUGGGUAGAUGCGGCAGCUCUUCUUGGUAUCACCUUCUUUUGGGGUUCACUCUGCUAUGGCUUCGCAUGGUUUUGCUACAUUUCCUGUAUGUCCACAAUGCCUGUACAGUGGGCACUCAGAGUACAUGAGGUCUCAGGACAGCUUCGAGGCCGACCGUCCAAAGGACAGCCACUCCAACAGAUUGAGGCAGAGGCGUUUCCGCGCCCAGUGUCUCCUGGCUCGGGCUGCGCCAAGGCCUGCACUGUGGGCCAACUUGCCAAGUUGAUGGCUUGCAUUGGUUUGGAUGUCUUUGGCGAUGCGACGUACCUCAUGCCCGGCGUAGGUGAGACGGCCGACCUCGGCUAUGCUCCUCUCCAGGGCAUCGCUUUGCAAAUGCUGUUCCGCUCUUACAGCAUUUCUGGGAUCGGCUUCCUUGAGGAGCUCUUGCCUUUCACGGACUUCGUGCCAACAGCCACCAUCGCAUGGAUGAUUGACACGUUUUUCCCCGACACCCUGUUGGGACGAGCUCUGGGACUCUCACACCGAACGGAUGGAAGUGAUGACUCAUCCGGCUCAGAAUAGCAUCAAAAUGUGGAUGUUGGCAGCCUCAAG